GCUCAUAUUUAAUCAUUUUACUGGAUGGCAAAAACGCCAUGUGUAACUUCCUGAUAGUAGACCAAAAAUACAGGGGCUCAAGCAUCGCGAAGAAAAUUGUAGCAAGGACUAUGGAAAACGCUGGAGAUAGAAACGUCGUGAUCUAUUCCAUUUACAACCGAAUACAGUCUAACAUAAAAUUCGGCCUGAAAAUUGGUGGGCAGCAUGUACAUCUUUGUGAAGGUCGUUUUGAUGUGGGGACCUUGAAUUCCGAUGCCAAAAUGAACCACUCUGUGAUCAACGUUAUCCCAGCAAAUGAGGUGGACUUUGAAGCUCUUCUUACUUAUGACACCUCUAUCAAUGUAUUUCAAAGGAAAAAGUUCUUGAAAGCGUGGCUGGCAAAGCCGUCGGCCAUUUCGUUUGCAGCACUCACAGAUGGCGGUGAGGUCGUGGGUUAUGGUCAGGUGCAAGACGCACCGCGUACGAAAGUCAUAUCUCCGCUCUACGCUGAUAAUCCGGAAGCAUUUAAGUUGCUUCUAAAAGCUCUUCUGGAAUCCAUUCCUACCGAGUCUCGUGUAAAUAUGUUUAUCAACGUCGAUUAUGAAGCCGGGAUGGAAGUGAUAAAUAAAAACAAGGGAACAGUGAAAAUGUUGCCGGAGGAACGCGGAACCUUCAUGUAUACCAAGAGAAAUUUGGAAAUACCCAAAUUUGGGAGUGUCUUUGCAUUAACUUGUAUUGGUUCCUUUCCUGCAUGAUUGGCUAGAGGCACUUGCAAACAAUAUAAGCAUUUUAGCGCUCAAUCGCUAAUAAUACCAUUUAGAAAAACUGAUUGCUGUCUUUCUCCAGUAUGCAGGAGAACAUUAUUUGUAUAGCGACUGAUGAUAUAUGAAAUUUUUAAAGAGACAUGAAUCUUAACUAGAGAAGUUCACAAUUCUGAUUUGUGGUGUUAAAAGUUUAAUUUUUUACACUCAAUAAUGAUUACUGACCUUUAACUUAAAAAAAUCAAAAAGCAAACACAAAACACACACACAAAAAACUGACAAUUUUUAAGAAAAGAGUGAAGCCUAUCAACAUAAGUCUAUUUAGCUGCUUAGCAUUUGAUAGGCAAAAAUGUC